AUGGAUGAUGCAACAGUGGCGCAGCUGGUGGCUUCGACUUCCGCCAGUGCCGAGGCGAUAGCAGAGGUGGCCAAGGCCUUGAAGCUGAAGUUUGGUGAGGAGAAACGUGACCGUUUCUCUGAGGCCUCAAAGGUGGUGAGACAGCCCGAUGUUUUCUCUCCUGCCACUCCUGAGGAGGAGUUGAGCCAAUGGCAGGACUGGAAACUCAGUUUCCAAAGCUGGCUGACAUAUGCCCAGACUGAGUUCGAGAAAGACUUUAAGGAGGCUGAAAGCUCAGAAGGCCCCAUGGACUUCGUGGAGAUGACCCCGCAGCAGCACGAGAGAGCAGAGAAACUCCAUUCAAUACUGGUUGGAGUCCUACGCAACCGACCCUUGAAGAUACUUCGAAGUGUUGAAGGAAGAAAUGGAUUGGAGGUGUGGCGGCAGCUCACCAUGCAGAUGCAGCCCCGCACCCGUGCCAGAUCGAUAGCGCUACUUCAAGCGUUUCUUGGACACCCACCUUUCAAGAAGGAGGGCAUCCUGGAGCAGAUCUUGGGUCUUGAGCGUUUAGCUGAAGAGUAUGCCCAGGUUAGCAAGGAGGAGAUGAGCGACAACACCAAACUCUCGGUGCUCUUGAGGGUGGUACCUUCUCAACUGCGUCAACACUUGCAGUUGCAGAUGGAUGACAAGUCUGACUAUGCUUCGACAAGGGAGCGGGUGUUGGCCUAUGAGAGGACAACCACUUCAUGGACGUCGAGCACUGUGUACCGGGAGCUUGACAUCAAGAAAGAGGAGAAGCACGACGAGGCAGUAAGGGAUUGCCGUCUGAUGUCUGCAAACUAUGUGGUGGCCGAGGGCAUUGGUCUAGAGAGUGGGCGCAGCAGCAUGGAAGUGGUGCACGGAGUUCAAGGCCCUGGCACCACAGCAGUUCGAAGAGUGACCUACUUCGACUUGGAUGAGACGGCCACGGUGGAUGAGCCCUACAUCAGAACGGUAGCUGCAGAGGAGACCUAUGACAUGACGUAUAGUGACUCUGAUAGCGAUUGGCACCUUUGUGAGGAAGUUCAACAUGGUGGUGAGGUCUACUUCGAGGACUUUACCAACGCUUCUGUGGAGCCCUAUGGCGAGAUGGAUGGAGGUUCAAGGCCCCAUGCAGAAAUCAGAGGAGUCCAGCUGUCCAAGGAAGUCCACAUCAUCCUUGACAGCGGUGCAGAUAUGUCGGUGCUUCCUAUGAGCUAUGGCACAACAGGGAAAGCUCUACGUCAACGCAGCGUUCUACGGGAUGCUCAAGGACAUCUCAUGCCUGGUGGUUCCUUGCGCCAGGCUGUCAUCGAGAUCGAGGACGACAAUGGCAAUGUGGCACAGUUGAAGGAGACAUUUGCUUUGUCAAAGGUGUCUGAACCUUUGGUGGCCCUGGGAAAACUCUUGAAGAGAGGUUGGAAAGUUGAGGGCGACGGCAAUGACGUCAAGUUGGCCUAUGGAGACUUCUCCAAGACCAUUGGUUUCAGGAGCAACAGUUUGUCAACGGUGGCAACAAUUCGAAUGGUGGAGGUGCCUCAAGCAGCAGUUCGAGCUGUGACCAUGACCUUUGAAGGUAUGAUGGUGAACCUACUCACAGUUCCUGGAUGGCAUCUGUCUUUGGAUAGGAAGGUUCCUUUUCUGGUGGUCAUGAAUUCAAAGAAUUAUCAUGACUCCUUCCCACAGUUCCAGCGCACAGACUUUCCUUUUCGAACAACCAUGGUGCUGAAGGACAAGGUUUGGGAAGUUGUGGAAUGGGCUGAACAGUCCAGCCAUGAGGAUGAGAUCGAGGAGUGCAAUGGUGACACAACAACAGUGGUGACAUUCUUCCAUCAACAGCCUGUUGAUGUGAUGGCAGUUGGCAUCGUGAACACUGGUGCCGACGAUCCUUUCUUGCAGCCCAAGGUGAGAGAGGAUGCACCCAAAGGUAAGGACGUCAAAGAUAGGCAGGGCUUUGGAUGGUAUGGCAGGUCUUUGGAAGAUGGAGUCUACGAAGUGGAGGACUCUGACGUGGAAGUUGGCCCACAACAUGACACAAGUGAAGGUGACCCUGUUCAUCGAGAAGUUCCAAAGCAUGCAGAAGGUGAUGAGCCUGAGGAGAUCGAGAUUGAGGGUGUGAAGUACACUCCAACAACAACCCUUUCGAAGAUGAGGAUUGGUUUGAAGAUGUGUGGAUUGCCUAAGGGCAGAAGCAAGGCUGAUGCGUGGAAGCGCUUGGUGGAACAUCAUAGGCAUUUUGCCGAGAACCUGGCAGUGGAGUUGGCACAACGUGGGUUUGAGCGACAAAGAGCUGGAGAAGGUGGAGAUGAUGCUCGACCACAACAUGUGCCCAGGCUUCCAACAAAGGCUGAGAGACAGAUCCAUGAGCUGACACAUUGGCCCUACGCAGACUGGUGUCAGAGCUGUGUGGCGUCGAGAGCAAAGUCUGACCCACAUCGUCGCCAAGGAGCUCUGCGAGAUGAGACAAAGUCUGAGUACCCAAUUGUCUCCAUGGACUUCUGCUUCACUCGAAGCUUGGUGGAGGCCAAUGAGGAAGACAAGGAAGAUCUGAGACGCUAUGGAGGUGAUGCACGUGGAGGAGUUUGCCUGGUCAUCACUGAUGAUUGGACCCAUGGAGUUCUUGCAGUCCCAACUCCUGGAAAGGGAAGAUCCCACGUGAAGUACUUGGCUGAGCAGGUGGUGCGCUACAUUGGGUCAUGCGGUUUCUCUUCAUGCACGAUGAAGGCCGACGGUGAGCCUGCAAUGAGAAUGUUGCUGGACGUGGUGCAGAAAUGCCGGCAACGUCUUGGUUUCAAAACGCGGUGGAAUACAGUGGCCCAGGUGACAGCCAAGCCAAUGGAAGGAUUGAAAGAGAAAUCCAAACGGUGA